AUGUUCGGAGUACUCAUCAACAACUGCUAUGUAACCGAUGGUUUUGGAAAGAAGGCAGACGUCAUCAAUGACAAAGGCUGCCCUGUGGAUCCCAUCCUGAUUACUGGAAUCAGAUAUUCCGCAGAUUUACAAAGGGCGUACGCGGAAUCCUCGCUUCACUUGCUAGAAUUAUAUUUGAAACUUUUGAAGGUUCUGUCAAAAGGCAACGUGCACCUGCAAAAUCAUGACGGUCUCCCUCCAUACAUUUUGAUAUUUUAG